AUGCCAUCCACUACAGCACACAACCCCUCUUCAACAUCCGCAACAACACUUCCAGUCCUCAUCUCAGGCGCAGGGCCCGUCGGACUCUACGAAGCCCUCCUCCUGACCCAACUUGGCAUCCCCGUCCGCAUCAUUGACCGUGAAAUGGCCAUCUCGCCCAACUCACGAGCCUUAGGUCUCCACGCCCGCUCCUUGGAAAUCUUCCAGUUCACUGGAACCAUCGACGACUUUCUCGAGAGGGGACACGCCAUCACCAAUGUCAGUUACUACAAGAAUGCUCGUUUGGUGGGCUCAUUGCCAUUGAUCCGGGGGGCGGACCAUUCAAUGUUCAGUACGGGCCUGUUCCUUGAGCAGGCCAAGACUUCAGAGAUCUUUUUGGGGAAGUUGAAGGAGUUUGGUGUGUUCGUCGAGUAUGGAUGGGAGCUGUUGGAUACCAAAGUUGUUGAGGGAGGACCUGGGGAGGAGGAGUAUGUGGAGACGACGAUUCGACGAGCGUUGGUGGGUGGUAACGUCGUCGAGGGUGAGGACCGCGUCAUGGGCGAUAUUGACAUGCGGGCUGAGCAAAAGGACAAGGAGUACGAGACACAGGUUGUGAGAUCAAAGUACUUGGUAGCCUGCGAUGGGGGACGGUCGACUGUUCGACACAAGAUCAACGUUGCGUUCCCUGGACGAACCCUUACCCAAAAGACCCUCAUGUGGGAUGGUCACUGCGACUGUGAUUUGCCCUUGAACGGAAUGACAUUGGUGAAGGGACCAAAUGGGAAGACAUUGAUGGUAUUCCCUAUGCCCAACGGUGUGCUCCGUAUCGGAGUCGAAGAUGGCGACAUGGCCCCCGGUGAAGACUUUGAACAAACCCUCCGCGAGCUCACCAUCGAGCACUUCGAGUCCAUUGUCGCCGAGGUUGCCCACCCCGCGAAAUUCAAGGUCAAAUCCACCAUUUGGCUAACAGCCUUCAAGACCAACGAACGCCGCGCUGAGCAAUACGUCUACAAGAACCGGAUCUUUCUCGCCGGCGACGCCGCUCAUGUUCAUUCACCCGCUGGUGGGCAGGGGUUGAACACCGGCCUACAUGAUGCCCACAACCUGGCUUGGAAGUUAGGUUACGUGUUGAACGGUCUUGCAAAGCCAGAAUUCUUGUUGCCGACGUAUGAGGAGAGGGGUGCGAUGGCGGAUCGUGCUAUUCAGUUGUCGUCGAAGUUGUUGAAGAGGAGACUGGACAAGGGGUGGGUGGCGGAUAUCAAGGCGUACUUAUUCUUUUUGAUUGGACCCUUGAUCUCUUCGGUGUUUGGUUCCAUGCUCUUUUCACCUGAGGUUGCCAUGCUCGACGUCGAGUACGAGAAGAACAACAUCAACAGACCCCACGAGACUCAACCCGAGCCAAAAGGUGACUACAAAGUCGGUGUCCGCGCCAAAGACGGCAUCCUCCUCCCCUUCUACUCCUCCUUUGUCACCGACACAAAGGAAAAGAAGGACCCACAACCCACCUUGCGCCUUCACUCGCUAAUCACAGGAGUCGCCCGCUUCCACAUCCUCGUCUUUGCAUCUGACCACUUGACUACCUCGGGCGCAAAGGAAAUCUCGACCCUCCUCGACCACCAUGUCAGCCAAUGGCAAUCCAAGUGGACAUACGGGUCGACUCUUCGGGACGGAUACACUGACAAAGAUCUCUUCAAGGUGCAUGUCAUUACCGGCCCCUCCUCCACCACCUCAUCCUCCCCUGUCCUCCUCGAGAUGUCCAAGCGAGAUGUCGGAAAAGGAAAGGUCUUUGUCGACCAGGCUGGACGGACACAUCAGAAUUACGGGUUUGCGGCGACCAAAGGGUUGGGAGGCAUUACAGUGAUCCGCCCAGAUUCGCAUGUGGGCUUCCGUGUCCAUGGAGUGAACGAGCAGGCUUGGAAGGAUGUUGAUGAGUACUUUUCGACUGUCCUCGUUGCCCAUUAUGAGUGA